AUGCGAAUACCGUCCAACCUAUCCUCUACCCUUCUCUCCUCCGCCCUGCUCCUCCCCAGUCUGGUCUCUGCCUUGGGCAAUUUCAACUGCAAAGACAUAAUCGUCGAUAAAAUCAAAUAUGACCUCAGCCCUCUCGGCGGCGUACACACCCUCUACAACGUGGUCGAGAAGCCCGAGGAAUCCGCGACAGUCAACACGACAUAUGUGCUCAACAUCUGCAGUAUCCUGGGGAAGGCUGCCAAUCGAGAGCACCUGAAGUGUGGAACGUCCAAGAACAUCUGCGGCUUCGAAUACCGACGCCACGCGAACAGCAGCGUCGAAAUAGACCAGGGCUUUCCCAUCGCGGGCUACGACCACCUCGGAUCCGGCAGCAAAGACACCGAGGUCACUCGCUUAAAGGAAUCCGACUCAUCCCGUGAAGGUCUCCUGAUCAAAUUUGCCGGCGGCAGCUAUGAGGACACGACUGGCAAGAAGCACGCCGCCAAAGCCGUGAUCGAGUUCAAUUGCGACCCCGACCGGUCGGGGUUGGAAGGUCUCCGGACCACGAACGAGCCGGUCGGUAGUGAGGCUGCGUUGCGCGCUCGCGAGGAAGAGGGCAGCGGCAACAGAAAUAGUACCAGCAGUCUUCAAUUCAAGAGCUUCGGUCCCGUCGAUGACGACACUUACGUGCUGCGGCUGGACUGGGCGACACGGUACGCGUGUGACAAGUACCGAGAUGAUAACAAGGGGGACUCCUCGAGUCAUUGGGGAUUCUUCACCUGGCUGAUUAUUCUUCUCUUCCUGUGUAUCGCUGCCUACUUGAUCUUCGGUUCCUGGCUCAAUUAUAACCGCUACGGUGCCCGUGGGUGGGAUCUUCUCCCGCACGGGGACACGCUGCGCGAUGUCCCCUACAUCUUCCAGGAUUGGGUCCGUCGGGUGGUCAACACGUUGCAAGGGUCGGGGUCGCGAGGCGGCUACAGUGCGGUUUAG